CUAAAAUAGAACAGAUCCAUUCCCUUGUCUUCUGAAACUGGCCUCAAUAAUUUCUCCAGAGUUAAGUGCCGUGUUGAUGGAUGCAGAAUUCACUUUAUUGCUGGAUCCCUCACUCUGGGUUGGCUUAAGAAGGCCUUUAAAAAUCCCUCACUUGCUCCCACUUCUCUAGAGAGAGAUUGUGUUAUUCUAACUUCUCUCACUUCUCUUCUCCCUCCACCUUCAGUAAUAUUUCCACUCUCUCCCACAACCUCGCUUUAUCAAACACACAACUACCUUCCAUCUCUCAUUCCACAAGACACCCAUCGUCCCCUACGAUAUAGCGACAACAAUCCAAACAUCUUUCUACAUCUCAAUCCAUACCCCAUCGCCAAAAUCAAACAGCAUGGCGUCAAACAAUGAUUCAAACAACACCGGCAACUCUGAUGACCCCGCCUCUCAGGACGCCCGCUUCGGACAGAGCACCAUAACUAACAAUGAGCAGGCUGACAUCUCUGGUGUGGGCGAAGCCCUCGGAUACACCAAUGUCAACUCUGUUGGAAACCGCUUCCGUAAGAUGCGUGACAAGUACGGUUUUACCGGACUGGAAUGCACUAAUGGGAGCGGAAUUUCCAUGAAGGAGAAGCCAUCUUCUCCAAAGAAAGAUGCCGAUGGCCCUGAUAAACCCACUAAGCGUCGUCCUGGAAGACCCCCGAAGAAAGACACCCCACGCAAGGGUGCAAAGAUAUCGACUGCUGAUCCGAUGCCUGCCACUGGGCCUGUUGCUAAGAAUGGAGAUGGCACCGAAGAGGGGAAUAAUGAUGAUCAGUGGUCCAAAAGCUACUAUUCACUCUCGCUUGAUUUGAAGGAGAUGACAAGCUUACUUGAAUAUUUGGGUUACGAAGGCGUUGGACUGACAGAGUUCGAGGGCCAUAAUCUAACCGCUGGAUAUUGGGAUGAUACAACGGAGGUGGAAUUAGGUAUCAAUGCCACAGGAUGA